CAUCCAUUCCAAAAUAUAAGGGCACGUACAGCGGGUCUUUUUGCCCCGUCUUUGUGAUGCCUUUUAUGCAAAAAAAACCCCCUGGUUGAGUCAAGCGACGGGAGCUGCGUCCUCUCGCGAGGCGACGGCGACGACCCGUGCUCCGAGGCGGAAGAGGCAAGCUCAGCACCGUUGUACGAGCUCGUCGUCCCGAGGCGACGGCGCGGCAGGAUCUCGCGCGGAGAGCGCGCGUGCGGGAAAUUUCCCCGCAAAAUCCAGGUUCGUCCAACUCCCCUCCCACUCCCCCAAUCCGGGAAAUUUGCCCGCGAAAUCCAGGAAAUUUGCUCCAGCAUAUAGCGCAGCAAUCUCUCCCAAUCUCCAACUCCCCUCGCUUGAUUUGGGUGCUGCUGAGAUGUCCACGGCGGCUGCAGGUAGGAAGAAGAAGGGAGGCACACCUGAGGCCUCAGAUGCGGCGGCGGCAGCCCCAGCCCGUACCCUAGGUUGUGGUGUUGGGUCGGCGACGGCGGCUCUCCCCUUCAGUCGUGGCGGCCGCGGUGUCGGGUUAGCACCGCCGCCCCGCUCUCUCGGCCGUGGUGGCGGGCCAGCAGUGGCAGCAAUCCCUCCAGGCGGCUUCCCCAGUUAUUCAGCGUCCAUGGAUGGAUUUCCCUUCCCUCCACCUUUUGAUGGAUCCUACAGAGGUGGAUUCCCCAGCUCUUCAGCUUGGUUGGAUGCGUCCGGUGGUGAUGAAUCUUCUCCUGGAUCAUGGGAUAAAGAUGUACAUCCACGUGGUGGUUUCAUGAGCUAUUUUGGAAAUCAUGCACAAAACUCUCAUUUGGUUGGUGCGCCUAUUUACAUUGCUGAUGCUAGUUCACCACCAGAGGUGGAAAUUUUACAAGGCAAUGAUGAUGGAAAUGGCAAUGGCAAUGUUAGGACUGAGAAGAGGAUACUGUGGACAGAGGAAGAGGAUAUCAUAUUGAUGAGUGCUUGGAUAGAGCAUUCAACUGACUCUACAUGUGGAGCAGAUAAGGGAGGUGGCCAAUAUUGGGGUGAAGUUGUUGAAUCGUACAACAAGACUACCCCACCUCUCAGAAAAAGAAAUCUGAAGCAAUGCAAGGAUAGAUGGCACAAGAUUAAUAGGUGGACGGAUCUCUUUGAGUGUGCUUAUGUAAAGGCUCGUAGAAUUUUUACAAGUGGAUAUUCUAAUCAAAUGUGGAUUGAUGCAGCACACAAGUUUUAUGUGGAUGACAAUAAAGAGGCAAAGCUAGGACCCUUUGUGCUGAUGGAGGUUUGGAAAAUAUGCCGAGAAGUCUCAAAGUGGAAAACAUACAAUGAUAACCUGAGGAAUGCACGUAAAAGGAAAUCAUUUCACUUGGAAGGAGACUCUGAGGAAGCUGAUGACACUUUUGAUGAGAUGCCAAAGCGACCAAUGGGUCAGAAGGCCGCUAAAAAGGCAGCUCUAGAUGCAAAAAUCAAGUCAAAUGGUUUGGGCAGUAGUGAUGAUGGUCACUCAAAGGAGUCUCCUAUUCAGUUAGACAAAUUUGAUAGAUAUAGCAAAUUCCAGGAGGAAAACAAUGACAAGCGCAUGAAACUAUUGGACAGACAGGAAAAAAUAUCUUCUGAGAAGCUAGAGGCCACAAAAAUUGCCCACCUUACAGCACAAGAGUACAAAGAAGGAAGGAAGCUUGAGAAAGAGUCAAAGAUGAUGGAGACUUAUAACAGCCUCAUCUCACAAGAUACAAGUUCAAUGUCUGCUGAGGAAAAGGCGCAGCGAGUUAGUAUGAUGAAGUGUCUUAUGAAAACUCUUUUCCCUGAAUCUGAUUGAACAGAUAUGUCAAUUUUGCAAGUGGAGGCUACUAUCUUUGGCUAUCUGGUGAAUGCCAAAUUAUCUUGCUGUUUUUUCUAUCCUAAACCAACUUUUCCACUUUUUCUAUCCUAAACUCUGGCUAUUGGCAAGUUAUGUUUAAUCUUUCAGCAGGUUCAGUGUAUGUCUCAGUUUAUAUAAUUUUUGUUCAUGCUCAAUCCACUAAGCCUAUUUUGGUGCUUGUUCAGUGAUACACUAUACUACUAAUAUGGAGUAUAUAUAAUCUAGGGAAAAAGAUGGGCAUAUUAGCCUUUUAUUGCAUUCCUUUUCUUUUUGUACUCUCUCUAUAUACAUAUGCAGUUAUGUUUAAUCUUUCAGCAGGUUCAGUGUAUGUCUCUAUACAUAUACAUCCUGUGAGGUCAGUUGGAGUGCCGAGAGGUCUCAUUCAGUUUCAGUUUCUGAAUUAAUGUGAAUGUGAUUUGUAAAUGCGAAUGUGCACUUCAGUUUCUGUUGGAAUGUGAAUGUGCAUGCUUCAGUUUCA